AGGCGGGAUCACGUGGCCCUCCCCCGGUUGAGAAAGUUGCAAAGGCAGGAAGUGGAAGAAGAAAAACAAAGUUUCCAAACCCGGGGGUGGGAAGAAGCCGAGCGGCAGGUGCGUCUCCCCCUCCCCAGCGCAGGGGAGACAUCGAGCGCGGAAGCGGCGGAGCGACGCCAGGCCGGAGGCCGCGGUGAUGGGCCCCUGAACGGAGGAUGGCCGCGGAAAGGCGACCAAAGGCAGGAACGGCAGAGUAGAGGUCAAAAGGAGGAAACGGAGGCGGCGAGCAAGAGGGAGUCUCGCCGGGAGGGGACGGGGAUGUGUGAAACGGACCGUUCCCACCGCAGAUUUGUUGUUGGGUGAUUCUUCCCUUUUCCUUCCACCCCCGCAAGGAAAAUCCAGUGCCUUCAGAUCUGACCUCCUUUGGAACGACAACCCCGCAGAGCCAACAGGUGCCGAAGAGGAAGCGAAGCAAGGAAGUAGGGGAUAAACGUGCCCCCUGCCGAAAUCGAGGGAAGAGCAGCCCUCCUGCCGAUCAGCUGUGGGGGCAAAGGAGGCCAGGGUGGCGAUGAAGGCUAAGCAGCCGUGGCCGCCGGUAGCCUCUGGUGGAAACGUCCCCGGGCUCGUAGCACCAGGCCCAAAGCAAAGGGCCUCCGCAAAGAUGCUGACGCCUUCAGGACUCGCCCGAGGCUUUCUCCUGGGACUGUUCUUGGGUGGCAUUCGGCCCUCUGAAAGUAACUCCUCGCACAUGAGUGUCUGUCAAGGCUACCCUGACCUCCGGAGAGAACCGCAAGGCCAAAUCCGUAGCCCUUCUUCCCAGGGGGCGAUGUAUAAUAGCUGCAGCUGGGUUAUUCUGGGGGGACCUGAGGACAUCAUCUACAUCAGGUUCCAGCGCUUCCACAUCUCCUGUGCCUCAGAGAUGCUGACAAUUCAUUCACCCUUUCAGUCUCCUUGGAAUAUCUGUGGCUCCAGUACUCCUGAGCCCCUCCGGAUAAAGGGGGGCAACGUGACCUUGACUUACAGCGGGAAGUUCAUGGCAGGAGACUGGUUUCAGCUGAAAUACGAGAGAGAAUCUACCACGCAGCCUGCCUUCCCAUGCAAUCUCACCUUGGACAACUUCUAUGGAGUAUUUUUCUCACCGGCUUUUGCCUCAGACUCAUACCUGGGUGCCGCGCAUUGCCAGUGGGCCCUCGACGCCCACGACAGCCGGCCGCUAAGCAUUCGCUUCACCACCCUCAAUUUAGACAUCGGAGACUCUCUGCGUGUGUACGAAGGGGUCCCCGGAGCCACGCUACAUCCCCACCUGCUGCGCAACUUGGACUACACGAGUAACCACAAAGUCGUGACUGUGGAUUCGCCCUCCAGCCGCGCGUGGGUCACGUACCAGGCGGCGCCAGGGACGGCGGGCCGCGGUUUCAACGCCACUUACCACGUGCGAGGCUUUUGCGUGCCGUGGGAUUUUCCCUGCGGUGGCGGCGACGGUGAAGGAGCCACUUGCUACAGCGCUGCUGAGCGCUGCGACGGAACCUGGGACUGUGCAAAUGGGGCUGACGAGGAUGGCUGUAGAGAUUGCCCACCUGGGCAGUAUGCCUGUGGAGAGCGAGGGUUUGGGGGGGCUGUCUGCUAUGGGCCCGCCGACCGCUGCAAUUACCAGACCUUCUGUGCAGAUGCUGCUGACGAGCGUCACUGCUACACUUGCCAGCCGGGCAACUUCCGAUGUCGAGACGGGCGCUGCAUCUACGAGAGCUGGGUGUGCGACGGGCAGGCUGACUGCAUUGACGCUUCCGACGAGGCAGACUGUACCUACGCCCUCCCACGCAAAGUGGUGACGGCCGCCGUCAUCGGCAGCUUGGUGUGCGGCCUUCUCUUGGUGAUAGCUCUGGGCUGCACUUGCCGCCUUUAUGCCCUCCGCAGCCAUGAGUUUGGUAUCUUAUCCCCCAUGUCGCGGAUGGAGGCCCAGCUGGUACAGCGCCAAGCUCCACCAUCCUACGGGCAGCUCAUCGCUCGCGGGGUCAUUCCCCCUGUUGAAGGCUUCCCUACUGAGCACCCCACUCGGAAUUCAGUGCUGGGGAGUUUGCAGUCCCUGUUGCAUCUGUUGCGUCGUGAUCCGUCCACUAAUACUGCAGCUAUCAGGGGCCGCCGACCACAUCGCAACCGCUUCCUACGCCGCAUUGUGAGACGCAUGCGGCGGUUGGGACUGUUGCCUCGGCCUGCUCCAACCUCUUCCGCUGCCACCGCUGCUACCAUCGCAACCUCUUCAUCGCACUCAGUUCCUUAUACCCUGCCUGAGCCAUUAUCCGGAGAGGAAAAUACAACUUCCAGUCAACAGGAAGAACAAGCCCCACCUCUUCCUCAGAAGGUCCCGCCUACUCCUGCCGAACCUGUGCCGCAGCCACAGGCCCCGCCCCCUCCCACCCCACGGCUCUCAGGAAUGAUGCACACUCUCCGGGUGCGGCUGUUCUCCCCCGGGCCACCGUGCUUCAUGGAGGCAGGUGACCCCCUCAGCAUUCCCGCAUCCCCCGAGGACGAGGAUGAUGUACUUCUGGUGUCUCUCGCUGAGCCACAAUUCCACAACGUUAAUGCUGCUGCGGGCUGGGAUGCUGACGACGAACCUCUUCUGACCUGAGGAGCCUUCUACAACCAUCACCCAGGCCAAUGGCCCUCAUGCUAUCCAAACACUGGACAUUGCCUUUAAGAACUUCACGGUCAGUUAGUUUUGCACAACAACAGAACUGCACUUUUUCAGCUCUCCCACUUCCAACCCUCCCCAACCCCCCCCCCAAAAAAAACUCCUUCCCCCCCAAAAAAGGCAUAUUUGGUGGUGCAAGGAGAGAAAUAAUUGUUGGGCAGUUUAAAAAAAGCUCUUAAAGGUUCUUUUCCACGCUUAAGCAAGAGAAUAUAGUAAUUGGGGCCAUCAUGACACCUUCCUUUUCUCAAGAUGCUGGGGGACUCAUAUAUCAGCUCCACUGAAUAGGGAAAUAAUAUUUGUGUGCCACUUAAAUAAUAAUUCUUAAAGGGUAGAUUCUCCUCUGCAAUCAUCAGUAUUUAUUUCUGUGCAACAAGAAGACAAGAGAAAACAAUCCCUAGGUCCACCCAAUUACCUUGACAUUCUUUCAUCUUUUGAGAGCUCCAUGCGGCAGGUAUUGGUUCAGUUUGCACUGAAAUUAUGGCUUGCAUGGAAAGUGAUAGAAGUACAUGCACUUGACAUUUUCAAAAAUGUUCUUAGAAAGUGAGGAGGAGGGGAUGGAAAUGAAAUAUGUUUUGCAGGGAGACGCUACAGAUGUCUGUCUACCUAGAAGCAAACAAAGCAAAGAUAUUUGUGUAGUAGUCAAAAGUAACCCUUAAAGGCGAUGACUAAAUUGGCUGAACCCCAAUCUUUAUUUUGUAAUGCCUCUGCAAAGGAAAACAACAUGAUGUGAAAAUUAUUCUUCUGAAGUUACGGAAAGAUUAAAAGGGAAAGGCUGAAUAUAUAUGAAGUCAGUGACUCCACUGAAAAUGCUUUUGUGGCAGCUGGAAAACAAUAUUUUAACUGCGAUCCUAGGCAUGUUUACUCAGGAGUAAAUCCCACUUUGUUCAACCGGGCUUACUCCUAGAUGGAGAUGUAGGACUGCAGCCUUAGACAAAGAAAAAAGAUUUUUUUUAAUUGAUAGAUGUUUUGUAAGUAAAUUAUUUUUUAAAAGCACAGCAGAAGACAAAGUUAAAUUUUGCACAUGAAAUAACUAAACUGUAAAUAAGUAAAAUUUUGUAUGAAAGAUAUAAAAAAACUCUUUAAGAGCAAAGAUCAGUUAAGAAUUUAGUAGUGAUCAUUGCUGAUUAUUUCUUUUACAGUGGCAAAAAGGAGAAAAUGAUACAUGGAUCCAAAUACCUAGAAAAUUAACACGACCCGGUAUAUGGUGUUAAAAAUAGACUUUAAAAGGUGAAGAUUAUCUCUGGCUACUUAAAAAAUAAUAAUUUUAAAAUAUAUUUUUUUAAGGUCAAGUGAAGUUAAGGCUUCUUUCAAACCAGUUAGAGUGUGAAGAGGUUAUUCUAAGUAUGAUUUUAGAACAAUUUGAUUUUAACAACUUUUAAAUCAUUUAAAAACUUUAAGUAUAUUUCUUAGGCAGGUAUUUAAAAAGAAAAGCAUAACAUUUACACUGAAUCUUUGCCCAAAUCUUUGUAGGUCCAUUUUUAAAAACACUUAAUAAUAAUAGUGAUAAUUUAAUUAAGCUAACAACCUUUUGAAAAUUAAUUUUGAGAAGGAAAUUAUGGGUGACAUCCAGUGAUAUCCACCCAUUUGCACAGUAGAAAUUUGCUUGCACAAUGGGAGUUCUGGAUUCUCUUCUCCCACCCCCCAGCCUCUGUGCACCUCUAAAUCUUCUCCAGAGGGUCCUCUGACCCUCUGGAGCAGAUUUGGUGUAUGUGCGGAGGGAGGGUGCAGGGAGGGAGGAAGAGGAAGCCGUCUUGCACAAGUGGCUGCUUGCUCUCGCCAAUUAGGUGUAAAUUAGAGAUGGGGAACCUGUGACCCUCCAGAUGAUGUUGGACUCCCACCAGCCCCAGCUGGCAUGGACGAAAGUUGGCAAUUAUGAGAGUUGUAGUCCAGCAACGUCUAGAGCAGCCUUUCCCAACCAGUGUGCCUCCAGAUGUUGUUGGACCACAAUUCCCAUCUUUCCUGGCCAUUGGCAAUGCUGGCUGAGGUUGAUUGGAGUUGUGGUCCAACAACAUCUGGAGGCACACUGGUUGGGAAAGGCUGGUCUAGAGGGUUCCACAGACUCACUAUCCCUGGCGUAAAUUGUGGUGCCUUAGAGCUAGGCAGUCAUGCUUGUGAAAGGCAACAAGAAGACAUAGAGUAUGUAUGUGUACAGAUUUUUGAUAAAGAAUUAUGUGUGUAAAAGAAAUAAUUCUUGAAUUAUUUUUUUAACUAACACAAUUCUCCAUCCAAAGAGAGAUGCAAAAGCAACAACCUUGAUGGGAAAAUGUUAGAUCUCUUGGUCCUACUGUUAAUACACAAACGAGAGAGAGGGGACAAAAACAACCCUCUGCAUUAGAAAGUCUACAAACCCAUUUCAAAUCAAACUGAUUGCUGCAGUUCAGGUAGUUUCUGUGGCAGAUAAAAAAACCCGCUUAAAAGGAUUGGCUAAACUGGUGCCUUAAUCACACAAUCUGAGGGAAGCUCCAUGUGACAGAAAUGAACAAAUUGGGACUUGCAACAGGAUGCUAUUGCACCUGCCACCAGUAUAGUGAAAACCAGAGCUUGGAAAAGUUACUUUUUUUGAACUACAACUCCCAUCAGCCCCAGCCAGCAUGGCCACUGGAUUGGGCUGAUGGGAGUUGUAGUUCAAAAAAGUAACAUUUCCAAGCUCUGUUGAAAACCUUCCCGUAGAUCAAGAGUGAGGACCCUGUGGCCCUCUAGAUAUCAUUAAGACUCCCAUGAGCCCCAGCUAGUCCAGCUGUUGGUCAAGGAUUAUGGGAGGUGUAGUCCAACAAUGUCUGGAGAGCAACAGGUUUCCCAACCCUCCCCUAAAAAAAAAAAUUAAGCUGGGGGGGCAGCAAUCCACUGGGAUAUUCUGGAAAAGCCUCAUUGAAAUGGGUCCGUGGUGGAUUGGGUCAACUGGCUUUGUUUGCUACUAGCACAAGUGUAUAUAUAAUUUAUUAUUAUUUUCUGUCAGAGAUUCCUCUCACAAAAUCAGUGGCAACAUUUAAUGGGAACUGGGAGCUCAUGUUUUCCUGCUGUUCUGUAUUUUCCUGGGAUAUGAGUGUGGAUAACAGUGAUAGUGUCGAGUUAUAUAUGAGCAAAUAUUUGCACUGUGUAUUUCAGUGAAUGAGCUGUGACCACUAACUGGGGCCGUUCUGUUUGUUAUUUCACCUUCUGUUGCCUUUAAAACUUUGCUAAGAAUUAAAAAAAAAUAGAGAUUUUGAACUUAA